GGCAUGUGUGAAAACCGCUCUCCCCCAUCUGUUCGACCGAAAAGACGGACACAUAAACCCGCUUAAUCUGCGUUUAAGGCAGGCAAGCCAAAAGAGAUGAAUCUUAAAAAAGACCCAGACUUUCCAUCACAACCUCUUGGGUAUGUGAAGGUGAGUCUACAAAAAUGGUAAAUCUAAUUUGGUUCAAUAAAAUAACCAGAAAGACAAGAACAACAAAAAGCCACCCAGUGUUGUAAGAAAAUCAGUGUGUCUGCAAGACAACACAAACCAUGAUAUGCAGUGAGCAAUGUAAGACGUCGUCUUCCUGUUUUGGCGAUCUUUGGAGCUGACCUGAGAGACAGCGAGAGAGAGCGAGAGUAGCAAGUGCAACGUCUCUUCUUCCUUUUUACCGAAAAUUUGUGACUUUCUCCUCUCUUCUAUGAUGGAAGAGAGCGAAGACAGAAAAGAAGGAUAUCACCAGGUCGCCAAGCGGCUCCGGACGGAACAAGAGACCGGUGUAAAAGAGCUAGAGGACGGGAAGGAGGAGGAGGAUUCUGCCGGUGAGGAGGCAGCGGGGAACGGGUGCACUGAGAACCGCAAGAGCGGAGGGAAGGAUUGUUUGGAUGACAGUCAUCGCAUCCCCCCAUCUCCAGUUGUCCAUGUUCGAGGACUUUGCGAUGCUGUGGUGGAAGGUGACCUAGUGGAGGCACUUGACAAGUUUGGCAACAUCUGUUAUGUAAUGAUGAUGCCUUUCAAGCGUCAGGCUCUGGUGGAAUUUGACAGCGUGGAGAGUGCUGAGCGCUGUGUGUCAUUCGGAACCCGUGAUGCUGUCUACGUCGCUGAGCAGCAGGCUUUUUUUAACUUCUCUACCAGCCAGAGAAUCACCAGACCCACCAACACAGACGACCCUUCCAGUGGAAACAAAGUCCUCCUGUUGUCCAUACAGAACCCUCUGUAUCCCAUUACCACUGAUGUGUUGUACACUGUGUGCAACCCAGUUGGUAACGUCCUGCGUAUUGUCAUCUUCAAACGCAACGGCAUCCAGGCCAUGGUUGAAUUUGAGUCAGUAAAGGAUGCUCAGAAGGCCAAACUGGCUCUGAAUGGAGCUGACAUCUAUGCUGGCUGCUGCACACUCAAGAUUGAAUACGCUCGGCCCAACAGACUGAACGUCAUCUGCAACAACAACACCAGCUGGGAUUACACCAAACCCUUCCUCCUGCACCGAGAGCGGGGGAAGGGGAGACAACGUCACGCCAUACUGGGAGAGCAUCCAUCUAAUGGCGGUGGUCCACACUGGCCCCUCUUGCCUCUACCUGCUAAAAGCCGGAAUUGGAGGUACAGCGAGGAGGUGCAGGAGAGGAUCUGUUACCCACUACUCCAGAAGACCUCCCCCACAUCCUCUUCCUCUUUCCUUGGCAAGAGCAUUACUAGCUCUGUCACCAUGGUGAGCGGUCUCCAUCCUGUUAAGAUGAACUGCAGCCGUAUUUUCAACCUCUUCUGUCUCUACGGAAAUGUCGAGAAGGUGAAGUUCAUGAAAAGCAUUCCAGGCACAGCAUUGGUAGAGAUGGGUGAUGAGUAUGCUGUGGACCGAGCUGUGACUCACCUAAAUGGUAUCAAAGUAUUUGGCAAGAAAUUCAAUGUUUGUGUGUCCAAGCAACAGGCUGUGAUUCCCAGUCAGGUCUUUGAGCUGGGUGACGGCACCUGCAGCUACCAGGACUUUAGUCUAACAAGGAACAACCGCUUCAGCAGUGCACAGAGCACCAGGAACAUCAUCCAGCCACCCGCCACUGUGCUGCACUUCUACAAUGCCCCACCAAACCUCAAUCAACACCAGUUGCAGAAGCUCUGUACUGAAUACAACAUUUCAGCAUUCUCUAAGUUCAAGGUUUUUGAUGCCAAACCCAGCUCAAAGACUCUGUCUGGUCUGUUGGAGUUUGACAGUAAAACUGAAGCUGUGGAGGCUCUGAUAGUCCUCAACCAUCACCAGAUCCGAAUACCCAAUAGCUCCAGCCCUUUCACCCUGAAGCUCUGCUUCUCCACUUCCUCCCAUCUGUGACCCAGAAACAAGAUGGCCAGGACAAACUGGAAAAGAGUUUAUUUGUUCCUUGAAACAAUUCUACUUUUUGUUAACAUUUGUUAAUAUUUCAUCUCAUAGUUUCAGUGUAAUUUAAGUGUUUGAAUUAAUUCAAUUCAAUUCAAUUUUAUUUAUAUAGCGCCAAAUCACAACAACAGUCGCCUCAAGGCGCUUUAUAUUGUAAGGUAGACCCUACAAUAAUACAUACAGAGAAAAACCCAACAAUCAAAUG